CUAGAUACACAUAUUUACAUACGGGGGCAGGCGCGAGUUAUCGGCAGUGUCAUGUUGUAUUUCGAUCCGUGCAGCAGACGGAAAGCGUCGUACGGGAAAAGCAGACGACACUGGUCGAUUAGUGUCCGUUGAGUUUUUCGCAUUUGUUUUCACAAUAAGCAAAUAUUUGUUUGAGAUAAUUGCGAAUGAUCACAAAUUAUUCUAAUCCUAUAAGUGAUUUAUUCUCGAACAAACGUGUUGUUUUAAAAUACUUCUUGCCGAUGACGUCUGGAUAAAAAAAAAGUUGCAUAAAUAACUUUUUUUAAACAAAACUUAUGGUAAUAAACAAUUUUAGUGACAUCUUCAUUUAAAAAAAAAAAAAAUAUUUUGUGAUAUUUAAGAGUUCAUUGUAAAUAAUCAUUUUACUUAAAAUAAAUAUUUAAUGUCACUUUAACUUUCCAAACUUGUUUCAAAAUUAAGAAAAUGUGUUUAGUGAGAAACUCGGCGCGAUAGAUUGGUAACAACGAUUUUGAUUUCUUCUCGUGCGACUUCUGCUCUGGAUUAUAUAAUAGUGUGCGGUAAAAUCAAAGUCUUCUCUCGAAUGUCUGUGUAGCACAGACCCCAGCGCAGUGUACGACCAUGAGGAAGAAUGGCACUUAGGGGCCUGAGUGUGAGGAAAGAAGGCUGGAUACUGGUGGGCCUUGUCUCAUACUGGAUUAUAUUGCUGCCAUGUUGCUGUCUCGCUUCUUGGAUGUACCUCGGCGUAAUGCCCCUGGCCGGCACACCACAUGACGAUGUUUGCAGCGAGGUACCAGGCCUCGUGGACCAGCAGCUUCAGGUGUGCAAGGACAACCCACAGUCUCUGCCGAGCAUCAGCGAGGGCGCCAGACGCGGGAUUCUAGAAUGUCAGAGCCAGUUCCGGUUCGAGCGAUGGAACUGCAGUACCGAGCAGAACUACACAGUCUUUGGACCGGCCCUGAAGAAAGGUACACGGGAAGCAGCUUUCGUGUAUGCUAUACUGAGUGCCGGUGUCGUCCAUGCUGUGACCCAAGCCUGCUCUGUAGGAAACUUAUCAGACUGCUCUUGUGACAUGACCAGGUAUGGUGAAGCAGACGUGGAUGGCUGGAAGUGGGGAGGCUGCAGUGACAACGUCAACUACGGACUCUGGUUCAGCAAGACUUUCGUGGACGCCCCUGAUGUGGUGAACCAUCAAAAUGGGCGCAAUGUCAGAAGCCUGAUGAACCUACACAACAACGAAGUGGGGCGCACGACUGUCGAGAAGUUGAUGUCCAGAAAGUGUCGCUGCCACGGUGUCUCCGGAUCAUGCGCAGUAAAAACUUGCUGGCGAGGACUUCCGACAUUCAAAGACAUUGGUCAGAACCUGAAGGAGAGUUACGAGACGUCAGUACGUCUAGCCGGACGCGCUCAAACUAAGCUUCGGCGGAAAGAGAAAUCGAAACGACGGGUGCCGAUCAAGCCCGACGAGCUGGUGCACCUGAGCAAGUCACCUAACUACUGCAAACACAACCCCAAGAAAGGGAUACUAGGCACAACGGGUAGGGUGUGCAACCGCACGGCACGGGGUCCGGAGAGCUGCGACCUCCUGUGCUGCGGCCGGGGCUACAACACCCAGGUGGUGCGCCACACUGAGCGGUGCCAGUGUAAGUUCCACUGGUGCUGUUACGUGGAGUGUAAGACUUGUGAAACAAUGCUGGACAUUCAUACUUGUAAAUAGUCCUCGCGCAGCCAAUCGGACACGAGCAUCCUCAUUCUUCCUCAGUUUCUCGUCAGUGUUAUGUUGUAAUCUGUAUUCCCAUUGGACCAUCGAUAUUUAAACUGAUUUCAUGUGUCGUGAUUGUUAUGUGUCUUUUGUAUACAUUUUAUUCGAUUAUGCAAUGGACGAGUGUAGAGACAAAAUCAUGGAAUGUCUAGUUUACUGUCUAGCAGUAUGAAAUAUGAUGCAUACGCAUAGACUAGAAAUUUCAGAAAUUAAAAAUUGAAUUUGAAACAAGAAGGUAAAUUAACAUAAAUCAUGAUUUUGAAAAAUCGAGAGACCACUUUGGCAAGAUUUCUGGUGCACGCUUAGGUUGCUAGAUAAAAAACAAAACAAAAUAGGAAUCAGCUAUGAACAUUAAAUAGACUUUAUCUCUCCGUAAUUACUUUCCACUUUCAAAAGGAAAAUUAUUAAUUUUCCCCAUUUUUAAUUUACUACACUGUUACGAUUAAACUUCAAUAAUGGUUUUCUUUUAAUCAGAAAACAUUAUAAUUGGUAUGUAUAAACGCAUGCCCUUUUUAUAUAGCUCAAAUUAAAGUUAAUAAACUCAAAAACUCAUUUAAUUUAAUGUGAUCUAAUCAACGAUGGUAUCGUCACUCAAGAGAGAAAGAGUUAAUUUUAAUUAAAAACGAGCAGUUGAAACCAAAAUAUUUAAUCACUUAAAUAUUUUUUCUUAUAAUUCCGCAAUGGUGGAUUUUUGUUGAGUAUUUAAAUUCUCGGAGUAGCCUAUAAAAUAUAAAUAUCAUAUUUUAAACACCAUUCGGCACUGCAGAAUCACAUUUUUUUUUUCAUCUUUUCCUUUGCUGAAGAACGUAAAUUAUUUAUUUGGCCAAUAAUGAUCUUUCACUGUUGUGUGCUUGACAUCAGUUUUGGUUGUUUAUUUAUUUCAAAAUCGUUUGCAACUCUUAUUCUCUUUCAAGUUCCGCCCCUACAUUUCACCAUAUCGUUUCACAUUCUUUAAUGCUGUGACUUUUAUUCCAUUGCAAAGGAUGUCUCGUGAACAGGAUUUUAAAAAUUAAACGUGAAAUACAAUUUCUUCUUCUUCUUCCUUCUCAUUUUUAUGUUGGAGUGUUCAGAUGACUAGACAAAUACAUGAGAUGAACUGCGCAGUGGUUUCCAAAUCAGGGAUCUCUCCAUAUAGUUUUCUUUCUAUUGGGGUGUUUUGGGGCCAGUGUCUUGUACGGGCCUCUUAGACAUGGUCAGCAUUCUUUGGUGACACUCCACACGGGCAGAUUUCACCGGUUCCAAUUUUGAGCUUCCGGUACAUAUGUUGUCUCAUUCUGUUGUGUCCGGUCCUGAGUCGAAAGAUAAGACGUUGAUUUUGUCGGGAUAGCUUAUAAUAGGCAUUAUCGUUCUUGUGAUUCAGAUGAGAGCUUGUCCAUUUCUCAUUUAUUUUAAUACAAAUGAUAAACUGCGAUUACUCUAAAUGUGAAAAUCUUUUAUAGAAACACGAAAUAUGACAGAAUGUCUGUUUCCUAAUUACCUUUAAAACGUUUGCAUAGAUUUUUUUUUAGUCCUAUGCAACAUUUUUUUUUUUGCAAUCCCUCUGUACAAGUCAGUACUUCAUGGAACCUGAAACCAGCUGGAACCUUAAUAGCUGAUCUAAAAGAAUAGCUCUAAUGAUUUUCCUAGAAAUGUAACAGUUGAUGUAUAUCGCUGAGAAAAGAAUGACUAGUUUGUAACGGGGAAAACUCUAGUCUGACCGUUCAUUUUUUUCAAGUAAAAAAUUAAAUAAAUUUAAAUUUGGCUAGAGAUUUAGAUAUAGGUCUAGGUCCAACAUUGGCUUUGAAAGGACCAUCGGCUUUCGGGAAUUUCCGAAUGCAAAGCUUAAUGGAUUCAAGAGUUUAAUAAAUAAAUGUUUAGGAACAUUUUGCGCAUCGUCUUCUUGCGCAUCGUCUUCUGAGUCUAGAUCUAAAUGUUUAACAUUGGAAUAGUAAAAAGUGCAGUAGAUCUAUAGGCCUACAUUCCCUCAACCAGGACUCAACCAGGACUCAAUCAGGACUCAACCAGGACUCAAGACUCAACCAGGAUUCUUUCUCGGGGAGCAGAGCAGAAGGAACGAGUUAAAAACAGUUCCAUUGGUUUUUUAAUCGAACAUUUAUUAAUUUUUUAAAGAGAAAAAGUUGCAUAUAAGUUGCAUUAACGAGGUAUUGUCUUUUUUUUUUUUUUAAAGUAAUACUUUUAUUGUUUUAAAAUGUCUAGUAAUCUUUUCUUAUAUAUUACAAUAAUACAAUACUAUGCUAGUAAUACAAGCAAACAUGGAAUGUAUUUUUUUUUUUUUGCUUAUAUUUAAAAGAGGAAAAUAGAGAAAGGGGGGGGGGAAUAUCUUCAAAUCUGUCUGAUUGUGUUAAUGGAUUCAUAUAAAAGAUACCUCCAGAAUUCUUUACAUUCAAGGCUAACAAAAAUCUGUGACGUUUUUUUUUUUUUUUAAAUUCUUGAGUUGGGAUCUCUCUAUUCUCCGGGUUUUUUUUUUUUUUUUUAAAUUCUAAAGCAUUAAAUAGCUAAAUGAUACAAAUACUUUAUAUCUUUAAAUUAUUACACAUUUUAUUCUUAUUAUUUAGCAUUACUAUUAUUGCUAAUUGUAUUAUUAUUAAUUGAGAAAACAUUCGCUCUCCGCUAUUGCUAGGAAAGAGAUUCCAGUUCUUUGUAGUCUGGUACCCAGUUCUUUGUAGUCUGGUACCCAGUUCUUUGUAGUCUGGUACCCAGUUCUUUGUAGUCUGGUGCCCAGUUCUUUGUAGUCUGGUGCCCAGUUCUUUGUGGUCUGUUAGACAAAGUCAAUUGAGGGAUUUUCACAUAAUGUGGCUGGUCUACAGCAUAAUGGCCAUCUUGUGGAUAAUUGAUUCGAGAAUAUUCAUGAAUGUUUAGGGCUUCAACGUCUGCAAGAUCACGUGUCACCAUCCCUUCAAUUGUCUGAUAUCUCAUCAUGGUAUAUUGUAGUUUUAGUUAACUUCCACGGUCAUUUGUUAUUCUUUCACUCUGCUACACAUUAUGCUACGUUAUUAAUUGUAUUACUUUUUAACGUUACGAGCUGGUGGUACUGCAGCGUCAAAAAUCAUCUAGAAUUUCACUUGUUUGUCCACAAAAGAUCUGGUCAAUUCAAAUCAACUGUCUUGUUUGUUCAUAUAGAAUAUUAUCGUGCAGCCUUUUCAAUAAGAGACUCUAAAAUGCUUAUGAGAUAAAAUAAGGUUAUUUUCUUGGUCCAAACAAAUGAUAAUUCUGUUCGACUUGAAUUGUCCACCUCAGUGCUACGACCAUUACAAAUAUAAGUUAGAAAUAAAAUUAAUAAUCAUAACACAAUAAUAAUAACAAGAUACAGUCAAUGUCUUAUUGAUUACAUUUCGUGAACCCAACAUUAUUUUUUAGGACAAUUUUUAAUAUUAUUAUGUAUGUGACAGUCCUUACAUUUGCUACACUGUGGAUGUCUGGCAAUUAAAGUGGUGUAGAGAAAAUGAUAUUUGACUUUGCGUGUACAUCGUACUUGUGUUAUUAUUAUGAUUUGUACAUGUUAGGGUACAAUGGAUAUAAUGAACUCAUAUUACAUUGGAUUUAUUGUUCAUAUGCAUUGACCUUUUUAUCUGCCCCUUAAUUUAUUUCUCCCUCCUCUGAGAUGUCCAAUUUACACAAUUAUAUAUAUAUUGUUGAAGUAUAUAUGUAUAUGUAUGCAUUUAAUAACUAGUAAGAUUGUGGCUCUCAGGUGUACUUUGAACGUGGUGAAUGUUUUACAUAGAGAGGUAAGGCUACCUGCUACAUUUUUAUUGUGUAGCAUCACAAGCUAAACAAGACUGCUACCUGCUGUAAACACAAGUUCAUACUCUUAAUAAAACUCUUUCAAGUUAGUUUACAUUAUGGUUUACUCUGGUGAGGCUCAACCUACGACCCGAGGAUAAUAUCCUGCCCGUGUCACAUCCGGACCUCAAUAAGGUCUUCCCACAGUGCAUAAAAAAGCCACAGUUAACCAACCAGACGUUUUAAAAAAAAAUGCAGCCUGUGACCGAGACCAUUCAAUAUAGAAGGCCUCAAAACUGACAUGCAACGUCACAACCUGUGAGCAACGAGCUAUUCUCUUCACUGACCACUAUUGUGACGUUGCUGGUCAGUGUUGAGGCCUUCUAUAACAAAUUGUCCCGCUAUGACACGGAUGUCGGUAAUUUGUAUGACCCCCCCAGGCUUACACUGCUAGCUCUAAAUAGACUGAGCUACUUUUCAGAAAAGCUGUUAUAGAAUAACCUAUGUGAAGUUUAUGUAUUCGACUUUAAGAUACACAUGUAAUACUUGGUACACAUAAAAUUUAAAUAAAACAAAUAGACAAGGAAAGCCUAAACCUAAUUCGAUUUUUUUUAAAGCAAUAAAUACACAUAAUUGGCAUUAUUUCAGAUUGUGUCUACUACGUCAUUUACAAAUGGCGAACCUGCACGUGCGGAUGCGUACUACGUCACUUACAAAUGGCGAACAUGCUAGUGAUUGGAAGGGGUUUUGUUUGGGGGGGGGGGUAGGAGAGCGAUGGGGAACGAAAGAUCUGACAAGGUGUGUUAAUUAAAGAAAAGAACAAAUUAAAACAAAAUAGAGUUUCACUUCGGGGAGAGUGUAGGCCAGGUGAGCUGUGAAUAAGACAGAUGGACUGUCAGUGGAAAGUUUGCCACAGAGCGGAAGUCUUGUUCUCUUCUUUGCUGUUUCUGAAAGUGGAGAGUCUUGGAUACUAUUUGAACUCUUGUAUUGGGAUUUUACUAUAAAACACGUCUUUUAAACGAAGGCAGUCGAACCCCUUUACUAUAAAACACGUCUUAUAAACGAAGGCAGUCGAAUAUCCCAUAAUGUAUCGUAUCCUUCGGAAAGAAGUUAUAUAGAGAUGUAGAUCUAUAUGGAUCUAGAAUCUAGAGAUAGAAUUAACUGUAUCUCUUCUAAUGUGUGGAUUUUGAGGUAACUGUUCAACAAGACUGUUUUUUUUUCUCUGUAUCUUUAUUAUUGAACUGGACUUCCACUCUUUGAUUCUGAUCAUGUAUUGAACUGAAGAUUUGACAUUAACAAAUAAAUUAUUCUAAAAAAAAAUAUUUCUUAAUUAAUACAAGGAAAAUGAAAAAAAAAAGACUUAUGACAUUAGCAAAGGGGUGUAACUGAAACAAUUAACUUCCUUUUUUUUCGAGAUAGCGGUUAUGUCGCAUAAAUAUAUAUAGAAUAGGCUAUUUAAGUUGACUAUUUCUCUCUCUCUGAUAAUAAAAAAAUAAAGUAAAGAAGUAAAGUACCCUUUUCAGACAUUGCGAUCUAUAGGGCAAAUAAUGUUAAGGUCAUCUCUUUCUUUGGCUAAUGGUUAACGAGCAGGGUGUCAUGUGGCCAGCACAACGACCAACCGCCUUUACUUUCUCCAACUUAAGUCAGCUACCCUUUAGAGUUGGGUGGACCCAGGGGCGCCCUAAAUAUCCUGAAGUUCAAAAUCCUAGUCUUCACCGAGAUUCAAACCCAGGUACCCAGGUUCGGAGCCAGGCGCUUAACCACUCAGCCACCGCGCCCCCUUGAUUAUAAAUAUUGAGCUUAACAAAAAAUACACGUCAGAAAUCUAUUUUAAGUUUAAAGUAAAAGCUUUUUUUAUUAACUUUGAGAAUCACAAAUCCAGACAUCACAAAAUAAAAAACAUUUGAGGCUGUCAGCAACAUAUCCCUUGUCAUUUUUUUAUAUUUCAAUGUCUCUCAGUGUGUGAUUUCUUUCCUCUCUCGUUCGGCAAUAGCAUUUUUAAUUUAAACAAAAAAAAAUACAGUGUGCUUUUUGUAAGUAUAUUUGGUAUUGAACCAUUGGAAUGUAUUCACUUCAAAGAAUGGUUGAUACAAUGUGUGUGUAUUAUGUUUGGUAUAUGUUCCAUUCAUUCAAUGUAUUUUUUUUUAUUCUCUCCCCUUUCUCUUUUCUCAAGGAGUGUACAAAUGUCUUCUAUUAACGAUUACUGCGGAGCGUGUUUGUGUCAUAUAUUUAUAUAUAUAUAGGUCUGUGCUCAUCAAGAAUGUAUUGUUAUUGUUUGAAGUUCAACUGUAAUAUAAAGUUUGUAAUAAAAUAGUAGAUUUAAUUUAAAA